AUGACUAUCGCUGAUCCAGUUACUUUAUUACUAUCCAUCAUUCUCUGUGUGCUUCUGGCCAUUGCCUUAUUUGGAUGGAAAAAAAGUACCCCCAACUUUCCUCCUGGACCCACACCUUUACCGAUCAUUGGAAACAUGCACAUCCUGGACUCGGAACAGCCAUAUAAAACCAUGCAUGAGCUCUCUAAAAAGUAUGGUCCAGUAUACAGUAUCAAGAUAGGGAGAGGAAACAAUGGUGAUCCUUUGUGGAUAUGAGACAAUAAAAGAUGCUUUGGUGAAUUAUGCUGAUGAGUUUUCUGGGAGGCCGAUAAUACCACUCUUCCAAGAAAUAACCAAAGGACACGGCAUGACUUUUUCCAGCGGUGAAAACUGGAGAGUGAUGAGAAGAUUCACCAUUUCAUCUCUAAAAGAUUUCGGAAUGGGGAGGAAGACAAUUGAAGACAGGAUUCUGGAAGAAUGUGAUUGUUUGGUGAAAGAGAUCAAAUCAUUCAAAGGAGAACCAUUUGAUCACACCAUGACUAUGAAUGCUGCGGUGGCCAACAUUAUUGUUUCCAUAUUGUUGAGCCAUCGAUUUGACUAUGAAGAUUCAACAUAUCUGAGGCUUUUGAAUAUAUAUAUGGAAAAUAUCCAAAUCCUUGGCAGUCCAGCAGCUAUGCUGUAUAAUGCAUUUCCAUCGAUAUUACGUUGGUUGCCUGGAACACACAGGACAGUCAUGCAAAACCAAAAAGAAAUGCAUGCAUACAUUAGGGAGACCUUUACCACACAUAAGAUGGAACUGGAUGUCAAUGACCAGAGGAACCUGGUUGAUGCAUUCUUGGUGAAACAGCAAGAGGAGAAACCCAAUGAAAAAUUAUUUUUCACCAAUGAAAACCUGACAAUGCUUGUGACAGAUCUCUUUUCUGCUGGAAUGGAGACCACCUCAACUACACUUCGCUGGGGAAUUCUACUGAUGAUGAAAUACCCAGAUAUCCAAAAAAAAGUCCAAAAAGAAAUAGAAAAAGUGAUUGGAUCAUCUUCGCCACAGGCAAGACACCGUAAAGACAUGCCGUACACAGAUGCUGUUAUUCACGAGAUUCAAAGAUUCGGAAAUAUUGUCCCAACCAAUGUCCCACAUGCUACUACUCAAGACACCAACUUCCGAGGGUAUUUCCUUCCAAAGGGCACACAUGUGAUUCCAUUGCUGACAUCUGUGAUGUUCGAUGAGGCUCACUUUGAAAAACCAGAAGAGUUUUUUCCUGAACAUUUUCUGGAUGCUAAAGGAAAUUUUGUGAAGAAAGAAGCCUUCAUCCCGUUUUCGGCUGGUAAAAGAAGCUGUGUUGGUGAAACACUGGGCAAAAUGGAAUUGUUUCUGUUCUUUGUAAGUCUUCUACAGAACUUCACUUUCCAGGCUCCUCCUGGAACUAAGUUGGACUUUAAAACAGCAGUUGGGUUCACACGAGGUCCUGUGAGUCAUAAAAUUUGUGCGUUACCCCGUGUAUAA